GAUCCUCAAAAUCUUGGUUAGCGAUCGAUCAUCGCUAACAUUAAAUUCCACCCGGCAUGAAAUUGACAUUUUUGGUCAGAUACAAUUCACUCCUCAWACCUGCUUCCACUAUUCAAACGGCWAUGUACCAGCGGGCAUAACUCAACCACAACAAUACACUUGGGAUCAACCGAASAAUAGAAGGAACUCUUAAUGCAGGAAAAACUAAGUGSAAAGCUUUUGACGUUGUAAUCAAUCKGAAGAAAACAAAGCGGUAGCUAAUUGAAAGGUGUUAGCCAUGAGAUUCCUUCUUUCGACCCAUUCGGCAAUCCACGUCCUUCUGUUCRURGGAAGUCGGCAGACUAUCUCGGCAUCCAAUGYACCAAAGAAGAAAAAAMUUGCGUUCGAGGAGGAUUGGAAAUUCUGGGAUAGGCUAGAAAAGGAAGUCGUGGAUAGUUUCAUUGUUACAACAUUGGACCCGAUCGCGACACCAGCAAACAGUCCAACAUUACACCCAACUUUGGCUCCAAUCGCACCMUCCGAAAACCCAACAAAUGUAGAGACUCUACCACCUAUUCUACCGCCGACUGCAAUACCUUCCCCUAGGCCGUCUUCUAUGCCAACUACGAGCCCAACUCGAUCGGGGAAACCUUCUUUUUCGGCUGCGCCCUCGCAUUCSGGUGCUCCAACAUUGACACCGGGUCCUACAGCAAUUAUYAGUCCUAUCGCAUCGGCYAAUCUCCCGAUUUUGGCUUCACCAUCGUCGACUCCUGCGCCUUUCCGUCCGGGUUCCCCAACGUUGAACCCGGGUCCCACCACAACUGCCAGCCCCACGGCUUCGUCCAAGCCCUCGUCCUCGUCGUAUCCUACAUCUUCGGCUGCUCCUUCUCSUUCGAGCGCUCCRACAACGACACCAGGGCCUACCACAAUUYCCAAYKCUACACCCUCAGCURCUCCUUCGCAAUCGGUCGCUCCAACAACAUCGCCGGGUCCUACCUCGUCAGCCUUCCCCAMGGCAACGGCAAGUCCCACGUCUUCGRCCGCKCCCUCGCGUUCGAGCUCCCCCACAACGACGCCGGGYCCUACGGCGUCGGUCAGCCCUACCGGAACAGCCAGUCCWACGUCCUCGGSKGCUCCAACGACGACACCGGGUCCUACCGGUUCGGCCAGCCCCUCGGCCUCGGCUAAGCCUUCGGUUUCGCCACCACCCACGUCUUCCUCUGCUCCCUCCCGCUCGGCGGCUCCCACACGGACGCCCGGUCCUACCGCUACGCCCAGCCCUACGGCCUCGCACAGGCCAUCGGAUUCGGCCCCGCCGACCUCCUCGCCGGCUCCCUCCCGCUCGGCCGCUCCCACGCGAACCCCUCGUCCCACAAGGUCGGCCGGCCCGACGGAUUCGGUGGCCCCCACGGCCUCGGCAGCUCCGACGCGGUCCGAAGCCCCCACAGGGUCGCCGGGCCCGACGUCCUCGGCCGUCCCCACGGCAUCCACCGCUCCCACGGCCUCGGACGCACCCUCCGCAUCGAGCCUUGCGCCGACCUCUACCGAGUGCUUUGUAUCGGCGGACAUUGCGUGCCAGAACGAGGACGGCGGAUCCUGCGAGUCGUUCUCCAACCCCAUCGGAAAGCGGUGUACUGGUGGCGGGAUCGCCCAGGAACUCGUGUUCCUGUACAACUCGGACUCCUUGUGCAUGGGAAACAACACGCAGGACGAAUUUUUGUGCGUCGACGAGGUCACCAGCGAUCGAUCCAGUCUGUCGUCGGUCUACGUCAUYGUGUUUCACCGUGACGAUGUGUUUUUUGAAGGCAUGGUCAACGAAGGGAACGUUUUUUCGGUUGUCGUCGACAAGACUUUCGGGGACGAACCGGAGUUGAUCGACAUCGAGCUUCGUUCCCUGAGCGAAGAUUUUGGUGCCGGAGACCUCCUCCAGACAAUGACAAUGAGCGUGAGGUGCAGAAGAAAGGCCUCGCUGACGCUCUUGGACACGUUCGGAGGUCUGCAACUGGUCGGCUUUCGGAACGAAAAAGAGGGAUUGCAAACCGUCUACGCGGAUCUUUCCAUCCAGUACACGGCGACGAACACCGGCGUCCGGGACCUGUUUCUGACCGGUGCCACGAAAACCACCCCGAUCCUCGAUGGAGCGCAGCCCCUUUUGAUUCCGACCGAGGAGCCCCUCUUGCUGGCGGCCGGCGAGGAAAUGGCGUUUUCGGAAAUUCUCACGGUCAAUCUUGCGGCGAUUGCUGGGGGGAGUGGGCUGGGCUUCGAAUUCGUGGUCCAGGGCGAGGACACGGGAAGCGGCCAAGAAUGCGCAGACUCCGACUCGUUUUCUCUCCAAAUAGCCGCUUAGGAUCGUCGAUGGUGAGCGAGACUUUUCCACCUAGCUGCUGUUUUGUCAGCCAGCACACGGUAUGCCAUCAAAGCAACGCGGGAAGAUAUUCAACUACGUAGCUGUGGAACAACGACCUUCCCCUCCUUCUUGUUCCAUUCCAUAACGCAUAUUUUAUUAUUUUAAUUUUAGAAAUACACAUACAAUAAUGGCGAACGAUCUACCAUACUCUUGGAAAAAAUAAAAAUUCUGAUUAUGU